CAGGUGCUUUCACCGCGCUUUCUAGCCGCUAUUCCUCGUUUAGAUUUGCUCAAGCAAGGUGGUAGGGACGUGUUUUUGUUAUUUUCCUCUGAACAUCUAUAAGACAUGGCGACAGGAGAGCCCAGAAGCAAGAAAAUUAAACUUGAAGAGAAGACAGUCAGUCAAAAUGCUCUUUUUGGCAUGGGAAAUCCCCUACUGGACAUUUGUGCUGUGGUGGACAAGGAUUUUCUGGACAAGUACGGGCUCAAGCCGAAUGACCAGAUUUUAGCAGAGGAAAAACACAAGAAAUUAUUCGAAGACCUAGUCAAGAAGUCUAAAGUGGAGUACCAUGCUGGCGGUGCCACACAGAACGCUGUGAAAAUCGCCCAGUGGAUGAUCCAGAAGCCCCACAAAGUGGCCACCUUCUUCGGCUGCAUCGGCAAAGACGAAUUCGGAAAGAUUCUGAAGAAGAAGGCAGAGGAGUGCCAUGUGGACGCCCAUUACUACGAGCAGAGCGAGGAACCGACAGGGACCUGCGCCGCCUGCAUCACUGGAGACAACAGGUCUCUUGUUGCUAAUCUGGCAGCUGCCAAUUGCUACAAGAAAGACAAACAUCUGGACCUGGAGGAGAACUGGAAGCUGGUAGAAAAAGCCAAAGUCUACUACAUUGCUGGUUUCUUCUUGACCGUGUCCCUGGAGUCGAUGCUGAAGGUGGCGAAGCAUGUGUCUGAGAACAACAAGAUCUUCAGCUUGAACCUGUCCGCUCCCUUUAUCAGCGAGUUCUAUAAGGAUUCCCUAAUGAAGAUCAUGCCCUACGUGGACGUCCUGUUCGGAAACGAGACGGAGGCUGCCACGUUCGCGCGCGAGCAAGGCUUCGAGACAGAGGAUAUUAAGGAGAUUGCCAAAAAGGCCCAAAGCUUACCCAAGGAAAACAAGAAAAGGCAGAGGGUCGUGGUCUUUACCCAGGGCAAAGAGGGCACUGUAAUGGCCAAAGGCGAAAAAGUGGAAACGUUUCCCGUUUUAGAGAUUGACCAGAAAGAUAUUGUGGACACCAAUGGCGCUGGAGAUGCAUUUGUAGGAGGUUUCCUGUCUGAGCUGGUGCAGGAUAAGUCUCUGGAGCAGUGUAUCCGUGCUGGACACUAUGCUGCUAACGUCAUCAUUAGACACUCGGGCUGUACGUUUCCAGAGAAGCCUGACUUCCACUGAGAGACGAGUGAACUUUGCCACCCCAGUGUUAUGGGACUGAUGCCUUCCUCUCAGUGUUUAAUUGACUGUUCCUGUUCCUUUGUUCCUGUGUUCUCUCUUUCAUUUCUCCAAUUCCGACUUCUGUGCCUCUGCCUCACAGCAGCCAUGAUGUAAUCAUGCAGACCUUUUACUUAAUAACAAUCCAAUGUUUACAACAGAACCAACAGACCACUUCUAUAAAUAGACAAAUUGUUUUUACCAUUUAUUUUUUUAUUUCUGUUCCCUGUUCUUCAACCACACACACAGAAGUCGUGUGCAGUGAUGAUGACCACCUUGUCUCGAUCAGAACUGUGUAGAUUUUUCUUUCUUUUUAAAACACCUUCAAGAGAAGCACAGCCUUAUCUUCUUGUUUUUAACAGUCAAGAAAGAAAGAGUUAAUUUCGGGUCAAGGGUUUUUAAAGGCCAGUCUCAAAGUAUUUUGUGCUCACUUUUAAUUUUGUAAUGAUGAAAAAACUGAAUAUGGAUGUAUGUGUGUGUAUAUAUGGUCAUACGGUGCAUCUAUACAGUCUCUUUGACUGAAAAUUAAAAUGAAUUGCCUUGAUCACA